AUAUUUCCCUUCGCCGAAUUUACCCGCCUCCACAACGGUCAAAAACCUUAUUUUUAUUUAUCCGUCUAAAACGACCUCGUUUACACCUCACGUUCUUCCUUAAUCCCAAUCCAAACCCUAGAAAAGGAAUUCGCAGGAUCACUCAAAUCAAAACCCUAAAACCCCCAAAUCCCCUGACCUAAAAUGGCAAUCGCAAGAACGGGCGUCUACGUCGACGAUUAUUUAGAGUACGCAAGCACAUUGCCAACCGAGAUUCAGAGACUCCUCAAUACGAUCCGAGAACUCGAUAACCGGACCCAAUCUAUGAUUAAUCAUACAAGGCAGCAAACUAAUUAUUGUUUAGAAUUGCCGGUGAAAAGAGGGAAUGGAAAUAGCUAUAUGAAUAACAGUCAUGAAGAUGAGGAGACCAUUGAGAAAAUGAGGAAGGAUAUAGAGGCAAGUCAAGAAAAUGUGUUGAGUUUGUGCACUGAGAAGGUUUUGUUGGCACGACAAGCUUAUGAUUUGAUAGAUAGCCAUGUAAAACGUCUUGACGAGGAUUUGACCUACUUUGCAGAAGAUCUAAAGCAAGAGGGAAAAAUUUCACCAGAUGAGCCUGCCAUUCUUCCUUCAUUACCUAUUGUUCCUAAGCUUGAGAAGCGCAAGUCCUUUUAUGGAACACCUCAAUCAAAGAGGCUGGAUUACAGGGAUAGAGAUUGGGAUCGAGAGUGUGAUAGGGAUUUCGAACUCAUGCCUCCUCCAGGAAGCCAUAAGAAAGAUUUUGCUACCCCUCUUGAUGUUGAUCAACCCAUUGAUCCAAAUGAACCUACUUAUUGUGUCUGCCAUCAGGUGUCAUUUGGAGAUAUGAUUGCCUGUGACAACGAAAAUUGCCAAGGAGGUGAAUGGUUCCAUUAUGCAUGUGUUGGGCUGACGCCAGAGACAAGAUUCAAGGGAAAGUGGUAUUGCCCAACGUGUAGACUGCUUCCACAAUGUCAAUAAUAACACAUAAAUGUAUUGCAUAAUUUGAAAUGCUUCAGUAAAUUGUUCAUUAUGCUGUUUCAGCACCAUUUUUCAGAAUUUAUGAAGUAGUGUGUGUAACUGUAAUUCAAUCAAUGGAGAUAGGUAUUGUUACAAAGCUGUGAACCUUUAGAUUCAUGAAGUAAAUGUAGAGAAAUCUAACUUUUGAUGGAUUGUAUAUGAUCAGAUGUUGCAAGAGCUUGAGCGUAUAGGUUUGAUACAAACAUGAAGCAUCUGAUUCAUUUAUAUAAUUGUUUACCUAACAGAAUAAAGAUCUCGACCUCUCUCAACUGCUGAGUUACAAGUUCCAUUAAAACCUGCUACUGUCUUGUUUUAGUUUCAGUGAUGGGUCAUCGGUUUCUUGUCUCAGAAGAAGAUAGUCAGUCAGGAACACCAAAAUUUAUAUGGGUUUCAUUUGAUAAUCAAAGACUCAAAAUUAGAAAUAAAAGAUUAAGGUAAACUAUUUUAUUUUAGGAUUAAGAUAUGUUGCAAAUCGUAGUGAAAACUUUAAUUUAUACUUACCUGAUUGAAAAGUAUAUAACACGCAUAAAUUCUUUCAAACGUUAUUAGGAAUUUCAUGACAACUAAUCUAAAUAUCAGUCAGUGAAUCUCAACGAAAACUUUGAUUGAAUUUACAAAUUAUUCAAAAAAAAUUGUGACAAAAAUGAAAAUAAACCUUAAAAGUAAAGUAUCUAAACCUUAGCAAUUCAACUAAUACUGUUAAACAAAAUUUGGAAAUUUUGAUUUAACAACGAAGUCAUAUAACCAAAUCAUUAAACAGAAAUGCUUAAGUUUUUAAAAGAAUUAAAAAUUGAAUUCUUCCGUCACUAACAUAUGUAAUGCAAAUGCAUGGUUAAAAGUGAGAACAGUCAUUCUCUUGACUCUUUGCUGAUGCCUGAUAGUACUAUCUAUUUAUAUUCCUCUUUUAAAUCUGUGAAGAAUCUAGCAAUAAGGGACACAAUAAUUAGAUACGAUAAUUCAUGUAUUUGUAUCAUGAUUUAUAUGAAAUUUAUCGUACAAAAUAUUAAAAUUAA